GCUGGGCGGCUAGUUCAAGUUGCCAUAGCUGCGAGUCUGGGGACAGCAGAGUCGGUUGCGCCGCAGCGUCUGGUCAGUUGCACCUUGUGGGUCACUGGUGGCUGUGGGAGCCGGGUGGGGCCUCGGCGAUGAUCCGGCAUUAAGGGCCUGGAGUCCUCUUCUAUCUCAGGUGGUUUGGGAAAUUGUAGGGGCAACUAAAGAUCAUCUACUUGACUAGGCCUUUUGCCCUGAACCUCAUGAAGAAAUGAUAGGAGGCAGACAUAUGUGCCUACGAAGAGCACUGAGCUCAGAGGAGAGCAGCACGGAGUUUUGGGGGUGCGCUUUGAUUUGUGUACAUCAAUGGCAGAAUCCUCUAGUGAUUCAGACCACUUCCGCUCUCGUGACCGAUUGAGUCGAUGGGCUGCCAGGUCAACACACAGGGAAAUUCGAAAUCAUCCCACAGUAGAUGUCACCGAGAAGGUCAACACUAUAACAAGUACUUUACAGGACACCAGUCGGAACCUGCGACAAGUAGACCAGAUGCUUGGACAGUAUCGGGAAUAUAGUAAUGGACAGGCGGGCGCUAUAGAACACUUAAAAGGAAGCUUGGAACAAUCAAUAGGCCAACUGCGGAGUCAACGUUUAUUGAGAAACUCAGGAGGGAGAAGUGUUUCUGUUACAAGUCUGAGUGCAAGUGACCUCGAUGGUGGCACUGUGACAGAGAGCCACCGAUUUCCACCUACCUCACCUCUCAAGAACUAUGGGGAUCAGCAGGGUAUUAAACGAAUUAGGUCCAGAACUGGUGUCCGAUUUGUUCGGGAGACUGAUGACGUGGGCCAGCUUCAUGCUUUUCAUCAGUCCCUCCGAGACCUCAGCAGUGAACAAGUUCGCCUUGGAGAUGAUUUCAACCGGGAACUUGCCAGAAGAAGCCGGUCGGAUGCUGAAACAAAAAGGACUUUGGAAGAACUGACGGAAAAAGUUAAUGAAGCCAAAAAACAUGAAGUGGUUUCAGAUCGGGUGGAACGACGGCUUCAGGAGAUAGAAAGAGAGAUGCGCACAGAAAGAGAGCUCGUGGAAAGACGUCAAGAUCAACUGGGACUUAUUUCUUUGCAGCUACAGGAGGCAUUGAAGAAACAAGAAGCUAAAGCUGAUGAGGAUGAGGGAAUCAUGAAAAAUAAGCUAAGACAAACUGAAACUGAGAAGAGUCAACUUGAACAGGAAUUGGAGCUAUCUCGAAAGUUAUUGAAUCAGUCUGAAGGCAGCAGAGAAACACUUUUGCAUCAGGUAGAAGAACUCCGUACACAACUUAUGAAAGCAGAAGGUGAUCGAAAGGGUUUACAACAUCAAGUAUCUCAGAUUUCCAAGCAAGAGUCAAACCAUCAGGAUGAACAAGGAGAUGACUGGAAGUUUAGGAGAGGGGUUGAGCGGGAAAAAGAGGAUCUGGAGAAGCAGAUGUCCGAUUUGAGAGUGCAGCUGAACUUCAGUGCCGUGGCGUCUGAGUUAGAGGAGGUGAAGCGGUGCAUGGAGCGAAGAGACAAGGAGAAAGCACGUUUGGCAGCACAAGUAGAGAAUUUAACAUGUGAAUUGGAGAACAGGGAGAAACAGCAACUACAGAUGUUGGAUCAGCUUAAGGAGAUCCAGAAUCACUUUGAGACGUGCGAAGCCAAGCACAAGCAUGCUGACCUCCAGAUCUCAGAGCUGACUCACCACGCCGAGGAUGCAACCAAACAAGCCGAGCAGUACCUCAUGGAGUUCCAGCAGUCAGAGGCCCUGAGACAGGAGGCGGAGAAGAGGAGAGAAGAGCUGAAACUGAAAGCUCAGGAGUCCAUCAGGCAGUGGAAGCUUAAGCACAAGAAGUUAGAGCGAGCGUUGGAGAAACAGUCUGAAACUCUUGAUCAACUGACAGACAAGAAUAAUCAGAUUCUAAAAGAAAAGGAAGAAUUGAAAAACCAGCUUUAUGCAGCGUUACAACAAAUAGAGAAUCUUCGAAAAGAAUUAAACGAAGUCUUAACCAAGCGUGCCCUUCAAGAGGAGGAGCUUCACUGUAAGGAGCAGAAACUAAGUGAUGUUAAGGCGCAUCAAGCGGACCUUGAACUAGAAGUUAAGGAUUCCCUGGAGACCAUCAAUAGGCUGGAAAGUGAAUUGAAAAAGCAGAGUAAGUGUCAAAGCCAGAUGAAAACUGAGAAAGCUCACCUGGAGGAAGAAAUUGCUGAGCUCAAGAAGAGCCAGGCUAAGGACAAAGCUCAACUUCUUGAGAUGCAAGAGGCCGUCAAGGACUUGAGUGCCAUCCGGGCAGAUCUGGCUAAUAAGUUGGCCGAGGAGCAGAAAGCCAGGAAAGAGGUGCUUAAGAACCUUUCUGACCUCCAGACACAGGCAAAAUCCAGGGAUGAAGAAACAGCUACAAUCAUUACACAGUUAAAGCUGGAACGAGAUGUUCACCAGAGGGAGCUGGAAGAUCUCACAUCGUCAUUGCAGAGUGUGAAAACUAAACACGAACAAAACAUCCAGGAGCUGAUGAAGCACUUCAAGAAAGAAAAGAGUGAGGCUGAGGAUCAUAUUAGGACACUGAAGGCAGAAAGCUUAGAAGAUAAGAAUAUGGCUAACAUGCAUCGUUGUCAACUAGAGAAGUUGAAAUCACAGUGUGACAGGCUGACAGAGGAAUUAACCCAGAAUGAAAAUGAGAACAAAAAACUGAAGCUAAAAUAUCAGUGUUUGAAGGACCAACUAGAAGAAAAGGAAAAACAUAUAAGCAAUGAAGAAGAGCACUUAAGGAGAAUGGAAGAGGCCAGACUGCUGCUCAAGGAUCAACUUCUUUGUCUGGAGACUGAACAGGAAUCCAUUCUUGGUGUGAUAGGAAAGGAAAUUGAUGCAGCAUGUAAAACCUUCUCCAGGGACUCCAUGGAGAAAUUGAAAGUUUUUUCAUCUGGUUCUGAUAUUAAUUAUGACCCACAUCGCUGGUUAGCAGAAAGCAAGACUAAACUUCAGUGGCUCUGUGAGGAACUGAAAGAGAGAGAAAACAGAGAGAAAAGUCUGCGGCACCAGCUGAUGCUGUGCAGACAACAACUCAAGAAUAUGACCGAAAACAAGGAAUGUGAGCUCCAAUGUCUCUUUGAACAGAUAGAAAGACAGGAGCAGCUUCUGGAAGAAAUACAUCGGGAGAAGAGAGAUCUGCUGGAGGAGACCCACAGAAAAGAUGAAGAAAUGGAAUCUCUGCAGCCAAAGCUACUGUUUAAAAUUCCACCUUGGGAAGAUGCUAGUCAGACUGCAAUGAAAAAUCAGAAUGAAGCUCAAUUUGAAGAAAAAGCAGACCGUGUAAAUGCAUUAGAAACGAGUACCCGAGUGGCCUUGGACCAUCUGGAGUCUGUGCCUGAGAAACUGAGCCUACUAGAAGAUUUCAAAGACUUCAGAGAUUCCCGCAGUUUAUGCGAGAGAAUUGAUGGGAGAUAUUCUAAAUACAGAGUUCACAGAGAGUCUCUUCAGCAGUGCCGAGAUGACACCAAGUACAGAAUCAAAAACUUCAAAGAUGACAGAACCUUUGCCGAAAGUUCCCACGCUCAUGUAUUAGAUCACUCAUCCUCUUGGCAUGAUCACAGCCACUUCCUGUCUAGUCCACGAUUUUCACACCUGAACUCGUUUGCCAAAAGAACAGUUGCUCCAGAUUCACCUUCAAUCAAGGAAGAUGCCACAAGUUUACCGAUGGAUGGAACAAGUCCACAAUCCAAAAAGGAGGAAUAUGAAAGCAAAAAAAGCAAAAUGUAAUUAGUUGCUUUACAUGAAUGUUUUAGAAAUAAUAGCCUAUCUAUCCUUGCUGCAAUUUGGCCCAGAUUAUCUAGCAGACAUGUCUGCAGCUUCUGCUCUUCAGCGUUGCCAAACACGGACUAAAAUAAUAAUACAGUUGGUCUUUGUAAAUGGUAUAAAUUAACAAUCCAAAUAAUGUCAUCUCAUGAAUGACAUGCAGCUAACUUAUUGACAACUUACAUGAGCAGAGAAAGAGUGAUAUUUUUCACUUCGCAUUUUCCUUUUUCACGUGUGGUCAGUCACAUUUUUCCAACCAAAAUUUGGAUUUAUAAUUGAGGUCUUUCAAAAAUUACUGGCUUUCUAGAAAGGAGGAAAAUGAGUUCCCCGUGAGGCAGAAGUUGCCAGCACUUUAGAUUCAGGGAGCGUUUAUAUAGAAUUGAUUUUUUUUAAGUGCUUUCUUCCUAAUAAAUUAUCAUGUGUUAUAACAUGUUAUGGAGAUAUGCAUAUAUAAUAUUAGACAGUCCACUUUAUAAAUGCUCAGGAUUGUUACAUCCAUCAUCUCAGCAGUUUAUUACUACAUACAGUAUCUUAAAAUUAUUUCCAAUCAUCCAUUUUUUACAGCAAUAAAGAAUUUACAAAUGGUACCUGAAUUGUAGAGCACGGUAAAGAAUUCAUAGCACAAUUUAUUUAUUUGUCUUUUUGUGGCCAAAUAUCCCAUUGUGAUUACUUCAGUCAUAUCCUGGAUCAUCUUUGCUUCACUCUGACCAAAAUCACAGUACCAAACUCCUGUGUCCAUGAGAUUUACUCUGCAACAGUUCUUGUGUAAGUUGAUACUAUCUAUCUACUCUCAGCAUUUCAGCCUUUCUCAACAUCAAAGUGUCUUUAAGAACUUAUCCUCUUUACAUGCUGAUCUACCAGUGGAGAAAGAUUUCUAUUAAAUGCUAAAUAAUAGUAAACAUCCAGGAACUGAAUCCCACUGGUCAUGAUGGAAAGAUCCUGCACAGAGACGAGGACAAUAAAGCAAUCUCUUCAUAAUGUGCAUUACAUUUUGUCUUUGUUAAAGUAUACUUGCUUGUUGGAUUUCUCGUAUUUCAUAAAGAUGCUUCUGGUUCCGCUCAAGAUAUGUUUUCCUUACUUACCAUAAUUUGUGCAGAAGAAGAAAUGGCACUCUCUUUCCAUGAAUUUGAAUGCAACUGUUACUACAGAAGACGGAGAUGUUUUAUAUCAGAAAAUUACAUAAAACAGUCUUCAUAAUCUCUGAGAGUACAGCCAUGCAUUUUAUCAUUUAUUCAUUCCAAAUACUUUUUAUUGAGUCCUACUAUCGGCCAGUCAGUGUGCUAGGGAGGGAAAAAGAGGAAAAAACAGGUGUGCAUGUCCCAAAGUUGGUUCAGCAUUAGGAAUUACAUGAAAAAGAAGUGAUGUGUUCAGGCUAGCUGUAGAAAUUCUGGAUCAGACAACACUAAACAGGUUUGGUUUGGUUUUGUCUAACCUCAGGACUUCGAGCUGUUAAUGUGCUAAUGAGCUCUAUGAGGUUUUAGUGGGAGUAGCCCUUUUUGAAGGAGCAGCUCACAAUCCUGGUGUUCACAUAACCUAUAUCACACUAUAGUAAUAUUUGGGGUAUUGAGAAAUUGUCAGUGUUUUCAUUGAUGUUUUGACCAACACCAUAAUAUUUUAUCUCCUUGGAUCUAAAUGACUAACUAGGGAGAAAAUUAACAGGUUUUAUUUAAAUCCUACGGAUAAAGGUUAGUUAAAUAGCUUUUCUCUUAAUGUGUUAGUAGAAACUUCAUACAGUUCAUCCUGUUUAGUAGGAACUGAUCCAAACCAUUUUUAGCACAUCUGUGGUCAUUAAAAAAUUACAUCAGGCCAGUUAGACAUGAAGUUUAAGGUAACUCAGAUUAUUUCCUUGACAAACCCUUGAAAACAUAUUAGCUGAUGAUUUUAUAACAGAAUGGAGAAGAAUCAUAUGAAAGACCUUUUUCAAUCUGAAAAAAAAAAUAAAACCAUUGUAUCAUAUUAUUGAAGGCUCCAUGCUACUGUUGGAUGAAUGAAGGUGUCUGACUUUAAAUAUGGAACACACAAGAACUUCAAAGGCAAAGUCAACUUUUUGUGAGCAAUUUUGUCAAAAUUCCUUGGCCGUCUAUUUGGAAUUAAAUCCAAAGAUCUGUCUCCUCUGAGGAUUUUUCCUAUCUCUUGCAGUCACCGUAAGCUUGAGUUGGAAAUCAAGAGGAAUGCUAAGGAAACACUAAUAGCUUGAUUUGUUCAUACUAAAGCCAGCAACUGUUUUUCCUUUACUCACCCUUUUGGCAGGAUAGCAUGUGAUAUCAGCCCCAUUUGAGUUGUGGCUGGUCGGCCAUAUUGCUUAUAGCACUGGGACAUUGGAAGGGAUAAACCUUAUUCUUGCAGUGAGCCUGGGCCAAGACUUAAUUUGAAGAUUGACCUUUUUGGUUUAAUAAUUUUGAUUCUUCUGGCCAUCUUUCUCCCUAAACAUGCUCAACUUCCAUUGAAGUUACUGAAGGCCACAGAGGGAAGAAACACAGCUGGGAGAAAUCUGGCUUGAUGUUUUUCCCAUUGGCUAAGGUCAUUAUUAUUUCCUUGACUUGUGUCUGAUUUGAAGGUUGGAAACCAGUUGGUUAUAUAACAUCUUAUGCAUCCAGCUUCCCAGAACCCAAGUUUUUUUCUUAUUGUGAUGGUUUACACAUUUUUACUAAUAAAGAAAUAAAAUCUAUAGGUUAACAAAAUAGUGCACAUAAGGCAUUUGGUUACAUGGAGAGAAAGUGCCCAGCUACUUAGCUAAGAAAACAAUUAAACCUAUUUUUCUUUAUUGUUCUCCUUUCAACUAUGUUAAAUGCAUUUUCCAUUUUAAGGCUCAUGCCAGUGGUAUGUAAAGUGUAUUUAGAGUCACCGUAAUUGUUAGAUUUUCUCUAAUGUAUAUUGACUAUGAUAGUUAAUUAACAAAUAUUGUUUUAAGUGGGACUAAAUUCUUAUAUAUAAUUAGAUGGUAUAUUUACUUAGCAAACCCCUUUUUAGGAGGGGUAAAUAUCUCAAAUUGUUUUCCUCAGGGUUUGUACUAUAAACUCAACUACACAUCAUAUGGUAGUCAAGAGUAUGAUCACUCAGGAAGUUAUUCCUUUUCCAAGAUUCUUACACUCCCUCCUCAAACCAACUGUCCCAGUAUUUUCUCUCUUUGUAUUUUAAAACAAAACAAAAGAGAAAAUUUGUGAUUUUCAUGGCCUUCAAAUGAGGAAGCUGUCCUCACAAAAGCAUCUGGUUUUCUUGGAUUAAAACUAAACCAUGAACCUUAAGCUGGAAAGUAAAUUUGGGAAAGUUUGUGUAGAAAGGCAUUUCGUGCACUGAAAUAAGAUAUAAAAAUAGUUACAUCUUUCAACUUUUAAGUUCUCAAAUGUUUAGCAAUGAAAACAUAUCAGCUUAUUCCUAGUGGAAAAAAGAAAUUUAAACCAUGAAAGAUUCCAUUUAGUUUCAUUUCUGUACAAAACACGACACAUCUAAUUUAGGGCUAGGAGAAAUGCUUACAUCUAGAAGCAGAACUUGAGAUUCCAAGCCCCUAAAUAAAUUUCAGAGAAGUCUCCCUUGCUUUUGAUGAGUAACAAAGUAAACCAGUCUGCUCUGCUCUGGUGAAAUGAGCCCAACUUUCAAGUUCUAACCUCAUCUGCCCCCAUUUUAGCCUCCUACUCUAUCCACGCCCAUGCCCACAACCUAUCUAUAUCCAAACCCAACCCACGUCACUCUUAGUGUUCUACCAGAUCAGCCCCUACUGUUGGCUUCUGGAGUCGUCACUCAACAACCCACAAUAAAGGGGCAGACUGUCUGGGGUUUGUAACACCUGCAUUUCUUUCAGGACCAGCCAAUUAGAAAAGGAUUUGAAAGUCACAUGUCUUUGACUACUCUCAUGGUUGAAACCCUGGGAAUACUUCCGUGGCCAGGUGUUAUCUUCUGUAACACAACUUGACUCUGACGUGGUACAAAGCCAUGUGACAACUGUGGAUGUGAACUUGCUGCCUUGAUCUCUGUGGGAAUAUGUAAGACUUCUAAACAUAGCAGCAUGUUAGUUCCCUUUCAGGAGGAUAGUUGAAACAAUAUGUAAUUACCCCAGGUAAUCUGAUGACCUCCACCUUUCAAAAUGUAGAACCUUAUGCCUUUGAGCAUCUAGGUGGCAACAUGAAAAACAAAUGCUAUUAUAGUCAAAAUAGAGCCAUACAACAUUUAUCACAAUAGAAUAAUAAUUCUAACCAUAACUUGCUAUGUUUUAAGAAGUUGGAGUUGCACAGUUGCUAUUCCCUCGAAUGAAUGCUCUGUUUUUCUCAAACUGGCAGAUGUUGGACUUUCAUGCCCAGACUGCCUUCUAUCAUUUCUCCAUAGAUCCCCACGACUUGACACCCUUUCAUUUUACAUUCUUCAGUAAAGCAUUUUGACUAGCAUUAUUUAAAUGAAAACAAAAGUUACAAUUUAUCCUUAAAUAUUGGAGCUCUGUGUCAUCUUAGCUGUAUACUUCACUGGAAAUAAAAGAUCAGAAUACUGGCUUGAAGCAAUAUUUUUUUAAACAAAAUUAGUGGAUAUUAAACUACCAACAAUUCCGAUGUUAUAAUUUAAAAGUAAGAAAAUAUUCUGAGGGAAAGGAGGAUAAUAUAUGCUCAUUAGUUAGUCACUAAUUGACAGUCUCCUUUAAAUUCUGAUUUAAUAUUUUCUUAAAAUCAUACUUUUUUUAAACUAAAAGGACAAGUCUAAUUUUUACAGUAUCAAGUUUUCCG